ACCACGUCCACCAAAUGGCACUAUAUGAGCAAACCGAAACCACAACAAAGGUUACGCUAGACGACACCGAGACCUGCUGUUGCACGAUCGAAACAGCACAAACCAUCCAUGGGCAUACGGAGUAUGUGUUGCGAGUACAGCGCGGACCGUGCCCGGAAAACAGCUGGCGCAUUCUGCGGCGCUACAAUGAUUUUGCUUCGCUCAACAAGUGUUUGCAAAUUUCCGGGAUCGAUUUAUCAUUCCCCGGCAAGAAGCUAAUUGGUAAUAUGCGCCCAGAUUUCGUAGCUGAACGGUUGAACGCAUUACAGGAGUAUAUAAAUCAGGUACUAAUGAAUCCCAUUUUGGCAUCAUCGUUACCAACCAAAAAGUUCAUCGAUCCGGACAGUUACUCGACGCCGUUCCAUGAUUUGGCCCUACAGUAUGCGUCGAUGAGCUUGCGCACCGAGGGCGUAUAUACGCUCGGGCAGUCACUCGGCCCGAUCGGGUGGCGCUUGCGAAAACACUAUUUCAAGGUAGUACACAAACCGCAGGGCAAUAAGCAUUCGCCCGGACAUUCGACGACCAAGCAUCAUCUGAUCAAGUCAAGCUCGCAGUCACAUGGUAAGCAGCACACGACGCAAGUUUGCGUGACUACCUCGACCGAGAAGGACUACAACAGCAGCACUAGGGACCACAGUGGGCGCGAUGAUCUUAUCCUGAGCUGGACCGAGUUUGGCCCCGAUCGAUACAUCGACGAGAAGGACAUUCAUACGGUGUUGAAGAAUUUCGGAGGUGUGCAGCAUCCAUACAUUGUGCCGAUCGAGCAUAUCGCUUCGAACGAUAGUGGUGCGCUAGUGAUAAGGAAGUUUUACAAGCAGGGGAGUUUGAAGGAUGUGCUUUGCUCCGCUAGUCCAUGCAAUCCGUUCCUAUCGAAGUACGGCAGCCCGAAAGGGAGGACACCGUUGCCGUUGAAAGAUUUAGCACUGUAUGCACGACAAGUGCUGGAAGCGAUCCGAUUCCUCCACUCGAAGGGUAUGGCGUGCGGGCAUGUACAUUGUGGCAACGUGAUCGUGGUGGAUGGGAUAGCGAAGCUGAUGGAUGUGGAGAAUUUCAUCUUUGGUGUUCCUUCCUUCUAUCGACCAUUUUUCGUACAGCACAGUAAGAUCAAUACGUGCGAAGCGAUUGAUGUGUACGGUUUUGGCCAUUUGCUGUACGAGAUGUGUAUGGGCUAUCCGUUGCAGGAUUCUUACGCACGCCAGAUAAGCGACUGUCCGGAUAGUUUAAAAUCGCUGCUGGAAUCGAUCCUGUCAAAAGAUGCCUGCAAGUCAUCGCUUCCUACGCUGGAUCAACUGACAACGCAUCCAUUUUUUAGCGAGUAUGCAGGCCACUUUAACGAACUGUAUGCGACUACGAUAGCCGUUCAGAAGCCACACCUAAAGUUCUCUACCAGCGCCAAAGAGCAGCUAAAGCUGGCAGUUCAAAAGACUGAGAAUCGUGUCCGCGAGGAACAGCGUUCCGUAAAAAAUCAGAAGCGUUUGGUUCGGGUGCAGGAGAUGAUGACGUCCGAGGAGGAGAAGAAAAAGAUCAAACAAAAGGCUAAACACGAGCAGAAGCAGGCAAAGCUGCGUGCUCAAAACUCGCUCCAGCUAAACAACGGUCCACCCACUACGGGACCGUCCGGUAUGGCUGCCACCGUGCAUCUGUCCAGCUCGACUGGCGGCAUCGUGAAGUCGGACAGCGCCAACAGCAUUACCUCACCGCAGGAAGCACUGAUGUCACCACCGCCCCACGCAACAGACAGCGGCGGAAGUACGUCCCCCCAGCCACCUCCAUCGGCUCCACCCAUCCCUGGUCCACCCUCAUCUCUACCACUGUUCCCACCGGUCGAUUCCGGUGCACCCGGUAGUUCCAGUGUCUCAGGUAAGCUUGCGAAGUCGAUUUCCGGUGACGAGUCUGCCGGUGGUGGUGGCGGCAACCGGAGCGCUCUGCUACAAUCGAUUUGUAGUUUCAACAAAAGCGGGCUGAAAAAGAUCAGCCCUACCGAGACCGGAAAAUAA